GUUAUAGCGACACUUAUGGGGAUGUAAUGAAUGUGUCAUAUGCAGAAUUACAUGACGCAGUUACUUCUGAUUUUCUUGAUUAUUUGUGUCUAAUUCGUCGUCGAAAUUACGUUGGACUACGAGGAUUUUUCUGAUAUUUUCUACGCUCGUGGACUGUGAACGCCAGCUUUUGAAAAUCCUUUUGAGAAUUAAGGCUAAGUUUACAGUGUUACUCGAGAAAGACAAAAAUAAUUUGACGGUGGCAAAUCAGUCAUGGAUCAGGAUAUUUUAACGACACUUAAACUCCUUAUGAUAGGAGAAUCAAAUGUUGGAAAAUCCAGUAUCCUAUUGAGAUUCACCGAGGAUGAGUUUUAUGAAAAUAUGCAAAGUACCGUAGGCAUGGACUACAAAACAAAACAAGUCACAAUCGAUGGAAAUACCGUUAAACUGGCUAUUUGGGACACUGCAGGACAGGAACGGUUCCGGACCUUAACUCCUAGUUAUUACAGAGAUGGACAGGGUGCCAUCCUAAUGUAUGAUGUUACAGACAGAAAUACUUUUAUUAAACUCGAAACAUGGCUUAAUGAACUAAACACCUAUUGUAACAAAACUGACAUAGUAAAAAUGGUUGUUGGGAACAAAAUUGACUUACCAAAUAGAGAGGUGAGCACGGAGGAAGGAUUACAGUUUGCAAGAAGGCAUCAGACUUUAUACAUAGAGAGCAGUGCAAAAACCGCAGAUGGUGUCAAAUGUUGUUUCGAAGAGCUUGUACAGAAGAUUAUACAGACACCUGGACUUUGGGAUACACAUUCAUUAAGACUGCCUGGUAAUGGAAACACAGGUGGUGCAAGACAGCGUAUAGGUAAGAGAGGACUGCAACUAACAGAUGAUUAUCAACCUCAAGAAGCUUACUCAAGUUGUUACUGCAGUUUAGUUUAACGUUCUGUAUAUCUAAGAACGCUAUUAUCGUGACGAUAACAGUAACCCAAUAUUGUCCUAUGCCAAUCUGAAAAUUAGAAGAGAUACCUGAAAGUAAUCAGCUGCUACAUAUUCUGCUUCGGAGCACAGUUAUAGUUGAAGCAAGAAUAGUAUAAUUUUUUGUAUCCAUCACGGUACUAAUUUAAUAAUACGCAAUAGUUUGCUUCUAAUUCUCGGACUAUAAUUAUUUAUGAGGCACUAUAUUUGUUAUAGGGAAUGUCUUAAAAUAAAGGUGAGAUUUCGUGUAAAUACGUCGUACAUACAGCCGUCAAGAAUAAUAUAUUAAUAAUUGAUAGUGUAGCCAAUAGUUCAUGGUGCAGUUGUAACUUUAUAUCCACAUAUUGUAUGUGUUGACUAUAUCAAGUUAUCAAAUGAAUCUUUUUUUAAUUCAAUCUUUAUUUUACUCUGUCGCACAGCCCAAUCAGACAAUGUAUAUUCUUGUACAUACAAGAAAUUUUCUGUAUCACCAAUAAUACCCAUAUGCUAUGAAAGUUUGUCGUAAAUUCUUUCAAGCGAAGGACUUUCGAAUGAUUUUUGGUAAUAAAUCACCCCGUUACUAUUACAUUCUGCAAACUGUGGAUGCAAAAGUGGUAAUGAUUUGCUAUAUAUAAAUUUAAGUAAUAUAUACUGCAUUCUUGUAAACGUGACUCUUUGUAAAUAAAAUAUUCUUUGCAUAAA